CCUUCCCGUACCAAUUUCAUAACCUUGGUUCAACAAAUCAAUCACCUACCGUUCUUUGGCUAUGUAUACGUAAAUUAAACAAGAUUCUUCUCUUUUAAGUCAUAAGAGAUCCAUUUAAAAGAGAUUUACUAUUAAUAUUCUCAUGAGAUAAUGAAAUGACUUAUUCAAGACUUUUUUUUUUAGAGUGAAAGUUCUAGUACAAUCAUCAAAUAUAUUUAAAAAUUUUGACAAAUCUUAGCUUAGGCACAAAACUUUUUUCUUUUUCUUUUUUUUUUUUUUAAAAAAAAAAAAAAAAAAAAAAAAAAAAAAAAAACACUUCUUUGCAACUUGUUAUUAUUAAUAAUCUUAAUGGCCCACAUUUUUCUAACCACAAAAUACAACUAUGCUGCUAUAAAUGUGACCUCCCAAGAGCUGUUUCAUUUCAUAGGUGUUAAAAACAGUUGAAUCAAAAUAUAUAUUGUCAAAAGUCCAAUACACAAAACUAUAGCAUAUAAUUCUGUUCAUUCUUAUAUUAUAGUUUUAGAGUAUAUAUAGAUUCAUAUAACAUACAUGGAUGAUUCUAUGAGCUCCACAAAUUACAUGAUCAACCAAUCUUUCUCUUCUACACCUGAUAAUUCUUCUGAAGAAAGUGGUUGGACUUUUUACUUUGAAGAUUUCUUAGCCAACAAUAAUAAUAAUCAUAACAUGGAUACUCAUGAAGAUUAUAUUGCUUACACUUCUUCUGGUUAUCAAAACUCUUCAAUGGUCUCAGAUGCAGCCGCCAUGAGAAAGCAUGGGAGCAGUAAAAAAGUUUCCAAAAAUAGAAAGAUUACUGCUAAAACUUUUGUUGAUGAAGAUUUAGAAGAUACUGCUAGCUCACCUGGUCAUAGUCCUAAGGUUAAUGAUCUGAACCACUUGUACAUGAAGUCAAAAGAGUUAGGUCCUCAAGAUGUUUGCAAGGCACAUAAUUCCAACCAUUUUCAUCAAAUGGACCAAACGAAGAACAAGUACAACAGCUCUUCUCUGGAUAAAGGACAAGCUUCACAGCAUGCAGGAGAAGGCAUUGAUAUGGGUUUUCUAGAGACACAACUGAGGAGAAAAGGACUUUGCUUAGUUCCAAUGUCUAUGUUAUUAAAUCAACUUAGUUGAGAUAUUAAAUUAUCAGGCCUAGUUUGUCAGAAUAUAUAGCUUCCUCUUCAUGUAAUGUAAUGUAAUUAUGUAAUGGAUGAGUAGGGGUGAACAAAAAUGGGAUUAUUUCUCUCCAAACGAUCGAUGGGGGAAUUAGGAUUCAGAAUGAAAAUCCAUUAAGCCAAAGGUCUUAUUUACUAUGUGUAAAAUGUAAAAAUUAGCUAGGUCUCAAGUCGUACUAUUUAAAAUUUAUUUUCCUAUAUAAUAAUUCUCUAUUCUUUA